AUGGAAUCGGCCAGCUCGCAACCGGCGUUGCAGCAGCAAGAGCAGCAUCCCACCGGCGUAACCCGUGUGCAGGAUAAGUAUCUUAUUCAUGACGAUGCCGUUGUCGGGCGUGGGGCAUGGAGUGUUGUGAAGCGCUGCACCUCAAUCGCUCCGUAUGAACCGCCGGGCGCGCGUCCGGACAUGAAGAUCGUUGUGAAGAUCAUCGAGAAGGAGUACCUCAUAUCGCUGACCAAAGGCAAUGUGGAGCGGGCAAUGGCAGAGGUGAAGCGAGAAAUUGAUGUUUUACGUCACAUCCCUCCUCACGAAAAUGUUGUGACGUUCUUAGAGUACAUUGAGACAGAAAAGGAGUUCCUCCUCUUUUUUGAGGAGGUUCAGUGUGGUGACUUGUGUGAGAUCAUUCUUCAGGCCCCAGAGGGGAAGCUCUCUGAAGAAACAUCGAAGCUCUACACGUACCAAAUUAUCAAAGCCGUCUUGCACUGCCACAUUCACGACGUCAUUCAUCGCGACAUUAAACCCGAGAAUCUGCUUGUUAGCAAUGACGAUAAUAUCAAGCUAACCGAUUUUGGGCUGGCGAAGCGAUCAAAGGGGGUGUGCACGUCGGCCGAGGCGAAAGAUCCUCUGGAUCCUCUGGCCCUUUGCAUGCCGUACCCGGGUGCAGAGCGGCUCAUAGGGAAGCGCAUCGUGUGCUCUGACGUCAUUGGUACCCCGCGGUACGGCUCUCCCGAGAUGUUCUACGCGAAAUUCACCCAGACUCACUACGACGGCUUUAAGGCCGACACAUGGUCCGUCGGUGUUGUCACGUACAUCACGCUCUCCGGGAGCUUCCCUUACUCAGCGGCGGCGCACGCUCCAGAGAAGGAGGUAUUCCGUACCAUAAUGGACACCGCACUACCGGAGCCACCGGGUAUUUCCCCCGCCGCUCUUGACUUCAUACAACGACUCCUCAAUAAGGAUCCACACAAGCGCAUCUCGCUAUACGAUGCCCUGAACCACCCAUGGCUGGAGAGCGUCGCCCAGACGAGACAAUCCAUCACAGUGCCGAGGAUACUUGAGACGUUUACCUCCACUGACGUGGCUCAGGCGUGUCGUUUGUUUAAUAAGGAGGCCCAAGCUCUUCACCAGUGUGUUCGACUCCUGCAGCGCGAAAUACAGCGGCUUCGUGAAGAACACGAAAAAAUGGAGGAUUCCAUUUCCUCGCAUGACCGCAAUGUGCGAGGAACGAGUACACCGCGUCGCGCUGAGACACCAUCUGGGACAUCCCGUAUACGUGGGGCGCGUACCUCCGCCACUACCAGCGCUUUGCGUGUGACCUCACCGGCGAGGACAGGCGUGCGACCGGGGCGUAGUAGCAUUACCCACGACAGCUCCAAUGGCUCCGUGCGCAGGCCGUCUGCGCAUCGCAUAAGUGCGCGCAGCCCGCUUGCGCGAAGUGCCGCAAGCACGGUUCGCCGUGGAACUCCAGUGCGUGCCGGUGGUACGACACCGAUGCGAAGCGGCACACCGUCACGUACUACAGGGCGCUCCGCUUCUGCAGUACGAGGCGUGUCGCGCCCUGCUAACGGUGUCCUACAAUCAACGCCGAUGGCUGCUCGGACCUCUACUCCAGGGCGCGCUGGUGCGCGUUCGACAACCCCGUCUCGCUCCGCGAUGACAAAUCACGUUAGUUCUGCAAAAGAAUUACAAAUAGGAGAGACCGUUACGUACAAGGGGUACCGGGCUGUCGUUCGCUUCAACGGGCCCACCGCGUUUGGCGCCGGUAUCUGGAUAGGAUUGGAAAUGAUGGAGGGGAACGAGGGAACCAAUGACGGCUCCUCAUUCAUUGAUAAAAAACAGUACUUUACAUGCCCCAAGGGGAAGGGUGUAUUUGUACGGGCAUCACAAGUUAAGAAACUGUAG